AUUUACUCUUUUUUUCCCUAGAUUAUUUCAGUGACUGGAUUUGUCGAUAGUGACAGAGAUGACCUAAAGUUAAUGGCUUAUUUGGCAGGUGCCAAGUAUACUGGUUAUCUGUGCCGCAGCAACACAGUCCUCAUCUGUAAAGAACCAACCGGUUUAAAGUACGAGAAAGCCAAAGAGUGGAGGAUACCCUGCGUGAAUGCCCAGUGGCUCGGUGACAUCCUCCUGGGGAACUUCGAGGCGCUGAGGCAGAUUCAGUAUAGUCGCUACACAGCAUUCAAUCUACAGGACCCAUUCGCCCCGACCCAGCACUUGGUCGUGAACAUGCUGGAUGCUUGGAGAGUUCCAUUAAAAGUGUCGCCAGAGUUGUUGAUGGGUGUAAGACUACCUCCCAAAGUGAAACAGAAUGAAGUAACUAAUAUCCAGCCUUCUUCCAAAAGAGCCAGAAUUGAAGAUAUACCACCUCCCACUAAAAAGUUAACACCAGAGUCAACCCCAUUUGUGCUUUUCACUGGAUUUGAGCCUGUCCAAGUUCAACAAUAUAUUAAGAAGCUCUACAUCCUUGGUGGUGAGGUUGCCGAGUCUGCGAAGAAGUGCACACACCUCAUCGCCAGCAAAGUGACACGCACUGUGAAGUUCCUGACGGCGAUUUCUGUCGUGAAGCACAUAGUGACACCGGAGUGGCUAGAAGAGUGCUUCAAGUGCCAGAAGUUCGUUGAUGAGCAGAACUACAUUCUCCGAGAUGCUGAGGCUGAAGUGCUUUUCUCUUUCAGUUUGGAAGAGUCCUUAAAACGGGCACACAUUUCUCCACUGUUUAAGGCAAAAUAUUUUUAUAUCACACCUGGCAUCUGCCCGAGCCUUUCAACUAUGAAAGCAAUUGUGGAAUGUGCAGGAGGAAAAGUGUUACCUAAACAGCCAUCUUUCCGGAAACUCAUGGAGCAUAAGCAGAACAAGAGUUUGUCAGAAAUAAUUUUAAUAUCCUGUGAAAAUGAUCUUCAUUUGUGCCGAGAAUAUUUUGCCCGAGGAAUAGAUGUUCAUAAUGCAGAGUUUGUUCUCACUGGAGUACUUACACAAACACUGGACUAUGAAUCGUAUAAAUUUAACUGACAGUGUCUGGACUGCUGUGUGACUGGAGUCCUGGAGCCCACGUCUGGCCGCCCACUGGUGAUAGCACACUAGGUCUUCCUUCAGAUGCCCUUGUUUUCUAGCUGCUUUUUUCUAAGGGGUCAAUACUUUAAAGCCAGAAAACAAAUAUAAUAAAUAUAUUGCAUCUUAUUAAGAUGUGCGACUUUAUUCUGAGGAAACAUAAAUUAUGUUUUGUAUUAUAUGACUUUCAGAACCCACAUUAGGUUUUAUGAUUUAUUUGCCAGAUUUUUAAAUGUUUUCACAAAACUGUUACAGAACUUCAGCAACAAAUAAAAUGGUGUAAAUAAAGACCUUGCUAUCUAAA